AUGAAAGUUCUUAAAAAGAUUUUUAGGGGUUUUUAUGGUCCAAAGCUUGUUCCUUAUGUUAGUAAGAUAUAUCCAGUAUCUAAUCUUAGAUAUAUACAAUAUCCUUAUGAUAUUACAUCUCCAUUAUCUGUUAAAUUGCAUGAAAGAAGAAAAGAUAUUUUUAAAAAAAGUCAAGUUUUUUGGGAAAAUAAUAAUACUCUUUAUUUUAGAAAAAUGGAAAUGUUUUACAAUGAUGUCAUUAAAAAAAAAGGCGUAGUUACUGAUGAUGAUAUGAUUGAGUUUUACAGGGAUUAUUUGAAGAGUUCUAGGUUAGAAAUGAGGAAACAUCAAUGGUGGUGGUAUCGGCAAAUUUUUGGCAUUUUGAUAGAUAGUUUUAAGGUCUGGGUAAAUAAUGUUGCAGACCAUUCUUCUUUUUUUUUUCAUGAAUAUAGAAAAAGAUAGUGAAUAUGUUUGAGACUGUAUAUUGGAUUGUGUUUAUUUCCAUAAACAUUUUUAAAUGAUUAACUUUAGAAAUUUCAGUAAUGUAAAAAAUAUUUUGAAGUGAAAUUAAGUUUAAAAUUAAUAUUAUACCUGCUAAAGUAUGCAAAUGUUUAAUAAAAGGUUUUGAAAAAUGUUA